AUGUCGAACGCAGCCUUGAAGAUCGGCAGCCGUGCUCUGCCGACUAAACAUCAUAUGCUGUACACAGAAAAGCAUAUGGCCAUCAGAAGAGAGCUGCGCAAGUUGAUUGAUCGCUCCAUCAAUCCUCACGUCCAAAAGUGGGAAGAUGCUGGUCGAUUUCCGGCACACGCUGUAUUCAAGCAACUCGGCAAUCUUGGUGUUUUAGCAGUAAAUAAGCCUGAAGCCUUCGGUGGACUCGGUCUGGAUUUUUCCUAUUCAAUCGCAGUCGCAGAGGAAUUAGGGAGCAUCGACUGUGCUGCGAUCCCGAUGGCCGUUUGUGUGCAGACGAAUAUGGCCACACCCGCCUUGGCUGAGUUCGGCUCCGAUUCCUUGAGAGAAGAGUUUCUCGCACCAUCUAUAGCUGGCGAUCUUGUUUCCUGUAUUGCCGUCAGCGAGCCGGAAGCAGGAAGCGAUGUGGCAGCGAUUCGAACCAGGGCUGUUCGAAGUGGUUCCGAUCUGAUCAUCAAUGGGCACAAAAUGUGGAUAACAAGCGGGGAACAGGCCGAUUGGGCUUGUGUUCUCGUCAACACGAACAACAAUCCGUCACCUCAUCAGAACAAAAGCCUCGUUUGUGUGAGGCUGAAUGAACCAGGAGUGCACCGAUCGGCGAAUCUGAAGAAACUCGGAAUGCACAGUUCCGACACGGCUGAAAUCUUCUUCGACAACGUCAGGGUACCGGCUAGCUGUAUCAUUGGCGAAGAGGGUCGUGGAUUCUUCUAUCAGAUGUUACAAUUCCAAGAUGAACGACUGGUAGCGGCUGCUGUUUUGCUGGAGCCUCUUCAACGGUGUAUUGCUCUCACCGCAAAGUAUGCAUCAGAGCGGAAGCUUUUCGGCAGCACCGUCCUUGAUCAGCAGGUUACUCAAAUUUAG